CAAAUGAGACCAUGCAAAGUUUAAUUAGCUCGAUUCUGAAUAAUUAUUGUCGUCUGUACGAAAAACUACGGUUAAGCCAAGUCUAAUUCUCUGGCGGAGUGGGAAAUAUAAUUAUAUGGGCCAUGUUCGGUGGAGAUGGGCCAAUCAGCUACGUGGUGAAUAUCAAAUGAACUUUUAUGGAUAUUUAAUUACCAUUACAGGCUGGUAGCAGAAGAUAUAACAGACAGAUGGCAUAAUGGUUGACAGACGUAUACUACCUGGACGAGUGCACUGUACUACCACACACCAUCCAUACUGACGAGAAGAUGGAUGAGGGAAAGACAACAGCCGACCAGCCGACUCACGGAUGGCGUCACAGAGUGCUCCGCAUCCUACGGAUCCCCGCGGUCAAGGUGCUCCGGGUAUUCCGUCGCCCAAUCCGAAAGCAUCGCUCCGGGUUAGGUACUCUCCCUACGUACGGUGCUACGGAGGACUGUGAUGAAACCUUGCUCUCAAGUAUGACCCAGGGAGAACAGCAGAAUGAUGAUCACAUUGAUGACUCCAUUGCUGCAACCGAUGACGGACCGAAGCGAAGCUUGCGUAAACGGAUGACGAAGACGUUGCGGAGGUGGGUGCAGCAUUACGGCUACAGCGCACUGUUGUGCGGAUCACCGCUUAGUACUGCGUACAUAGCACGUGAUAUUCAGCAGCGAAUCACCUUGAACCACGAAUAUGUAGAGAUGCUAGACCUUUAUAUGCCUUCUUGCGUAUUCUACUGAGCAUCUAAGUAAUAACUUUGUAGCUCUGCAUAUUUGCAUCUGCAAUUUCCCAUUAAAUAUGUCUAACUGAAGUAUUAUUUCAUUUAUAAGUAUUGAAUUUGGUAUUUCUUGUCAUCUUAGUGAUUACGCCUUUCCAUACACUGUCGGGAGCCAAAAUGUGGAUUCUUGGCCUCUUGGUUUAUUCAACGUAAAAUAACAGCAGAUCUGCGAAACUGCAACCAGCAAUCGUACACCGGAUGGCCGUGUCGCUAGCUGGUGCAAGGAAGCAGCCACAGGACUUGUUGAUAAUUGUCUGGAAGAGGAUGAGACGGUCUCCGACUGAAAUUAAACCCGUGAACUGGUUUUUCAUGAAUCGCACAAUAGGUGAUGGUAAAGUGCUGACAAACGGUGUCACGAAAGGAGUGAUGCUGUGAGAAUUCUGCGCAAAAAGAUGUGUACAGCCAAGAAUAGCUUCUCCAAAAAGGCAACAUCCAAAAAGAACUACAACACAUCAAGACUAUCCUUCAGCUCAACGGAUACAAACAACGCCAGAUCAACUCCUCCAAACCCACCAACUCUCAUGACCCCAAUUCCAACCCCUGUACAGCCCUCGGUAUGUUUUCCUUACUUAGGUGUCG